AUGGCAGCUGAUGAUGACAUACCACCAGAAGACCCUGUGCAAUUUAGAGUGGUAGAUCUGAGGAAAAUGGUUGUUAGGGAAGUCAAAAAAGAUGGUAAAAAGCAAAAAAAAAAGCAAACUAGACAAACGGUUCAUUUUUCACAAAUGCAAACAAUUUUGGGGGUGAUGUACUUAAAAGGCUAUGCAAUUUGUCUAUUCUAAUCAUACAACCCACAAGUUUGUUUCUCUAAAGUGCUAAAUUGAAUAGUAAUGCAGUUGUUAAAUGUAAAAAUUUAAGCACCCACUGUCAAUUUUCCCAUAAAUUUGCAGAAUAUAUAUGGUGUAUUUUCAUGUAGGGAGAUCUGAGCCUGGAUGGGGGAAAGAAGCAUGCUGACCAGUUUGGUGGCCUGAAGAAGUUGAGUUCACAGAUGUAAAUAAAAGCAGCAAGCGACCACAUCUGGACAAUUUAAUUUCAAUAACGCAUUCAUGCAGAAAUUGGAAUCAACAACAGCACCCUCAAGAGGUUGACAUCACAGUAAAUCGUUCUGCUCACAGUCCUGUGAUUCCCAUUCCUGUAUCAUCAACACCAGCUUCUGCAUUUAUUUCUGAUCCUCCCUCAUCUGCCCCUGAAGUUUUUGCAAGCCCCAUUUGCCCUCCUGCUCCUUGAUCAACACCUGCUGUCACCACUUCCAUUUCUGAUCGUCCCUUGGCUACUCCUGAAGGUCGCGUUUAACCUUCUCUUGUAUUUGAGGACAUUGUAAAGAAGAAAUUUGGAAGUGAAUCAGUUUACUGCGGUAAUAUGUGGCAAUCUGUACUGCAAACCUGCAGUAAACUGAAUCAGAUCGAAACAUCAAAGAUGCUGAGUAUUCUAGGAAAACUGAAUGAAGAUGUAAGCUUCCUGUUAUUAAUUGAACUCCUUUUUGUUCAUUACUUUUUUUGUGCAUGUAUGGGUGGCAAACAAAUAAACAAACAUACCAUGUCAUUUAUUUAUUUAUUUAUUUCACAAUUUAAUCUAGUCUAGGAUGCAAGUAUUUUGUUUUGAAUUUACCAUUCCUGAACAUUUCUCUAUGUCAUUUCAUCAGCUGUCAGCCAAACUUUUAAUACCAGUUGUUUAGCUAGAAGCUUGGGAAGGGGGCUAUGUCCAAGCAGUUUGGUCCUACUAACUCCAAAAGGUGGAUAUUGUUUAUUUAAGGGUCCACUAAUGCCAGGCCAAUUCCAGCUCUUUCGUGUGAUGUUCAAAAAGUUUUUUUUUCAACUUGAUGAUUAGGGUUGGGGCAUUUAAUGAGGAAUCCAUCAUGAGGGCAAACAUUCAUGAGAGUUAAUUAACAGCCUUUGACUAUUAAUAUUAAUUUCAUUUUGUUUACCAAUUCGUGAUCUACCUAUUAAUGCAAGAUGUUUUUUCCUUUCGUAGACUGAAAUCCAUACAAUCAUAAAGCCCCAAAUUGCAAGGGACAUUUUAGGAUGCAUGGUCAGAUUGCCUUGGGAGGUGAACUUAAGUUUAUCUCCUCACAGCCUGGAACAUUUACCAAAGAUCUCUUCAUGUCAGUUUAUCAGCAGCAAGAAUCAGCGCAGACUUCCUGAGCGAUAAAAAGUUCAGUAAAAGUUAUUAACUUGGAAUGAUUAUCAUCAUCAUUGUUAUUGUUACUAUUAUCAUUAUUUUCAUUUAUAAAUUUUAUUUUAUUGGUUGUUAUUAACUUCAAAUUCUAUUGCCUUUAGAGAUUUUCCAGCUAUGUUGACCAGUCCAUUUAUGAGCUUGGUCUGGAGCCAUUCUACUCAAGUGGGGAUGGAAACUGCUUUUAUAAUUCACUAUCCAUACUCAUGUCUGGACAUGAAAGUGACAAUGAAUUUUUUAGACUGGGUGCAGCAAUGUAUGGUCUUGCUCACUAUAACCACAUUGUUGAUGCAGUAAGAACAAUCAGUUAUCUUUUGUUAUGUUUGCUAAGCGUAUUAGUGUACAAUUUUAAUGUCCUUGUUUCAUGUUUUAAGUGAACUUUAACAGAGGUCAACCUCUGGAUCUCUUUUUCAAAGCAGAGACUGAGGCAUAAUAAAUUAAUCUUAAAUUAAUCUUUAAAAAUUAAUUUAUUAGUUCUUUCUUUAGGUGCUUGUUUAUGUGGUUGCUUGUUAUACAAAAAUAUUUUAAUCCGGCUGUUAGAGAAAUUUGCUACUUUGAUAUUCUUGGAUUACUUAGCAAGCAAGCUAUAAGGUUGUGACUUUUUUCUUUAUCCUCUAAACACUAACUGCCAUUCAUGUCAAUUCAUUUCUUUUCAUCAACUUCAUUUGUUUCCUUGACUGCUUGCAAAACCUAAAAUCCUUUGAUCCCUUUUGAUAAUUACACAAUGAUUUCUUGUGCACACGGUUUUCAAUCAUAUUUGACAACUGUCCAAUAAACUAAUAUCUGUAGUAGAUGGAUAGAUAUCUUUAUUAAAAAUCCCAUGGCAGCCUAAUAGGGCUGAAUUGCAUGAUUAUUUACAAUACAAUACUGGCUAAAAUUGUAGGAAUAGUAGUCAUCUCAGUGUCAUGUUAACUGUUCCUGUAGUUACUUAUUACCCUCUCUUUAGAAGUAACUAAACUGCAUUUUGAAAAAUUAUAUUCCAUUCGCAAUAUAACUUUAAAAGGAGUUACUUUGUGCUUCUGUCAUAUUUCUUUUUACAGAAUGCGUGGAACUUUAGUGAUAGAGGCAAUGCUUUGUAG